GCUUCUCAUCAAAUCAAACUAAACUACAUCGGCCAUGAAGAAGGCUCCAAAUCUUUCAAUUCUUCUUCUCUCUCUCCUCUUUCUCUCUCUACCAUCACCUUCUGUUUCGGAACGCUGCAACCCACAGGACAAAAAAGUCCUCCUACAGAUCAAAAAAGCCCUAAACAACCCAUACCACCUUGCCUCAUGGAACCCACAAAAUGAUUGUUGUGAUUGGUAUUGUGUGGAAUGUGACUCCACCACCAACCGCAUUAAUGCCCUCACUAUCUUCUCCGGCAAUAUCUCCGGCCAAAUUCCGGCUGCCGUCGGCGACCUCCCCUAUCUCGAAACCUUAAUCUUCCGUAAACUCACAAACCUCACCGGAACCAUCCCUCCGGCCAUCGCCAAACUCUCUCUCCUCAAAAUGAUCAGACUCAGCUGGACCAACCUCUCCGGACCUGUCCCUACAUUCCUCAGUCAACUCAAAAACCUUACCUUCCUCGACCUCGCAUUCAACGACCUCACCGGUGAAAUUCCGGCGUCACUGUCGGAGCUCCCCAACCUCGACGCGAUUCACUUAGACCGGAACAAACUCACCGGGAAAAUCCCAGAUUCCUUCGGAAAGUUCUCCGGCAAAGUCCCGGAACUUUAUCUAUCUCACAACAUGCUCACCGGUGAAGUUCCGAAGUCUCUGGGUGUUCUGGACUUCCCGAGGAUUGAUUUUUCGCGCAACAAACUUGUGGGUGAUGUGUCAUUCUUGUUUGGUCCCAACAAGAGCAUACAAAUCAUUGACUUAUCGAGGAACCUGUUUGAAUUUGAUCUUUCGAAGGUUGUUUUCCCGGCGAGCUUGACGUCGUUGGACUUGAAUCAUAAUAAGAUCACAGGGAGUCUUCCGGCGGGGUUGACGGCACUGAGCUUGCAGUUCCUGAACGUGAGUUAUAACCGACUGUGCGGUCAGAUUCCGACCGGUGGGAAAUUGCAGGAUUUCGAUUACUCUUCUUAUUUCCAUAAUCGGUGCUUGUGUGGUGCUCCAUUGCCGGCCUGCAAGUGAUUCCGGCGAGUUUGUAAGAAGAAACCGGCGCUUCGCCGGAAAACUACUGUUGUAAAUUAUAAACAAUUCUGUUGAAUUUGCAGCUUAUGGGUGUUGGUGAUAAGAAAAUUAAAAUAAGAGCAAUUACUGAA